GUGUAAGCGAGAGAGAGAGAGACAGAGAGGGAAAAAAAGAGAGAGAGGAGUUUCUUCAUCCAAGGAGCGUUGGCCUGCGUGUGGAUUGGGGAACUUAUUGUGGGAAAGUAAACAGCAAAGGAUAUUUCAAGCCUGUCUCCACCGAGCGCAGGAAGAAAGGGGGUCGGGUCUUUGAGCGUGGGACCUCAGGGGUGCUGUGCAGCACGAGGAUGGGGGUGCGUUUCAGAAGCCCGUUCGUCUGAAGUCCGGGGCUGCAUGGGGGAGUCCUUGGAUUAAAGUCUUUAGGAGGUGCUGCAGUUCUCUGGUGGCUGUCCUACCCAGGAGCAGGAGGUGAACUGAUGUGACUUCAGACUGACCCGAUGGCAUCCCCACACCCCCCAACCCCGCCAACGACUGAUCUCAUGUCCAACAGUACGUUCCAAGCACAGCAUCAGACGGUGGAGGAUGAUGAUGAAGAACAGGGGGAGAAGUUUGAGUUUGAGGACAGCGAUGAGGGAGAGAGUACCUCGAAUGGCUCAGAUGUGAAGGACAACAGUGCUGGUGCUGCCAAGGAAACUGCAGAGAUCGCCAAUGCAAAAGAAAGCCAGACCUCCAGAAAUGAAGAUUCAGCAGUGAAGCAACCCUCAGCAAAUACACUCCAGAGAAACAAUGGCAUGCCCCCUGCUGGUCAGGAGGGAUACAAUGCUGACACAGCUCUCCAUAGCAAUAGCGCAGAUGUAGAUGUUGCUGAGACUACAAAAGGAGAGGCCCUCUCCACAGAACCAAGCACUUCAGGAGAACUAGACCCUACCUGGAAGACUCAUACCCUCUCUGAAGGCCAGCCGCCUCCAGAGCCCGAGGCCCCCGCUGAGACAGAGAGCCCAGAGGUGAUCUACGAUGACGUGCCCUUCGAGAGCCUCCUCUCCCCUGAUGAAGAAAACCUGAUAUAUGAAGAUGUGCAGAAGACAGAGGAGCUGGCGGGCGCAGACAACGGCUGGAGCUCCAGCGAGUUUGAGAGCUACGACGAGCACUCUGAUACAGAGAACAAAGCAGCUCCCACACGCAGCAAGCUCCCUCCAGACGUGCGUCGGCUGAAGGAACGUUGCUCCAAGACCAAGCGUGAGCUGGCUAUGCGGCUAGGCGGCCGUGACGUCACCCAGAUCAGGCAGAGCUAUGACACCAAGGUACAGCAGCUGAUGAAGGCAGCCAGAAACGGGACUAAAGAUGGAAUUGAAAAGACUAAGAUAGCCAUGAUGCGCAAAGUCUCCUUCCUGCACAAAAAGGACAACUUAGAAGAAACGGAGGAUGAUGCUGGGUAUCUGGAUGUGAACGUGUCAGAGUACAAACACCCUCCCCCCCAGCUUUCCCCCAUGCCGGAGGGACUGAGCAGCCAGCAGGUUGUCCGACGGCACAUCCUGGGGUCCAUCGUUCAGAGCGAGCGAAGUUACCUGGAGUCCCUGAAGAGGAUCCUGCAGGAGUACCAGAAGCCUUUGCUGGAGGCGGAGCCUCGCAUCCUGAGCCCCAGGAAGAUCCGGCCCAUCUUCUUCCGCCUGCGGGAGAUCCUGCAGUGCCACUCCAUGUUCCAGAUCGCGCUGUUCUCUCGCGUGGCGGAGUGGGACCGCGCCGAGACCAUCGGGGACCUGUUUGUGGCCUCUUUCUCCAAGUCGAUGGUGCUGAAUGUGUACAGCGACUACGUCAACAACUUCACCAACGCCAUGGCUCUCAUCAAAAAGGCCUGCAUGUCCAAACCUGCUUUCCUGGAGUUUCUUAAGAAGAAGCAGGCGUCCAGCACAGACCGCAUCACCCUGUACGGCCUGAUGGUGAAGCCCAUUCAGCGCUUCCCUCAGUUUAUCCUACUGCUGCAGGACAUGCUGAAGAACACUCCCCGGGGCCACCCUGACCGGCUGCCCCUGCAGCUGGCGCUGACCGAGCUGGAGACCCUGGCGGAGAAGCUCAACGAGCAGAAGCGCGUGGCCGACCAGGUGGCCGAGAUCCAGCAGCUCGCCCGCAGCGUCAGCGACCGUAGCCUGAGCAAGUUGCUGAACUCGGAGCAGAAGCAGCUGAUUCUGUGUGAGACGCUGAUUGAGACUGUGUACGGGGAGAAGGGGCAGGUCCUCAAAUCCAAGGAGCGCAAAGUCUUCCUCCUCAACGACAUGCUCAUCUGUGCCAACAUCAGAUAGCCGAACGCUGUGCUUACGUUCUCCACCAGGGGGCCCCCUGACAUCAGCAGUCUGGUUCCUGUGGGGCCCAAGUACGCCAUGAAGUGGAGCGCCCCCUUGCUGCAGGUGCAGGUGGUGGAGGUCGGACAGGAGAACCCCCAGAGUAAGGACACCCUUUUCCAGCACUCUGGAUCGAAGCGCCAGAGCAGCUGCGGUGUCCAAGGGAAGGUGUUCCUGGGACCCCCUCGUCUCUACCAAGAGCUUCAGGAGCUGCAGCAUGACCUGUCCGUCGUGGAGGAGAUCACGCUGCUCAUGGGCACUCUUCAGGGCGCGUACCAGAAUCUGAACACGACGGUGGGGCAGGACUGGUGCCUGGCACUGCAGAGGCUGAUCCGAAUCAAAGAGGAGGAGAUCCAGUGCGCCAACAAGUGCCGCCUGCGUCUGCUGGUCCCGCGCCGUGAGGAUCAGUCGGGACGUCCUGUCAGUUUCAUGGUGGUCUUCAACACGCCCAGCCCCCUCAGUAAGAUUUCCUGGGUAAACAGACUGCAUUUGGCCAAGAUUGCACAACGGGAAGAAAACCUGCCUGGCUGGUUCUGUGCAGAGGAUGAUGGGAAGACCAAAGCUCCGUUCUGGUGUCCACUGCUUGCUUGCCGUGUGCCAGUUUUCUCCACAAAGAUGCAGGAGCAGAAGCUGGAAGCAGCUCUUCACAACCCGGUCCAGUGCGCUCUUCUUGGCUUUUCGGCUGCCAGCACCUCCCUGCCCCAGGGCUACCUGUGGGUGGCCAGCGGGGGAGAUUCCACGCAAGGGCAGGUGGACAUCUUCUCCCUGAACAGACCCACCCCCCGCCCUGUUAAAUCCUUCCAGGUUGGGGCGCCUGUGCUGUGUCUGGAGUACGUGUCUGAGCCCAGCCCACCAGAAGAGGCCGAUGGCGGGUGGAGAGAUAGUCUAGCACGGGUGGGCAACACCAUCUGUGUAGGGCUAAAGGAUGGCAGCAUCCUCGUUUACGGCAGCGUGGACACUGCCGCCCAGUGCUUGCUGACCUUCCGGAACCCCGCGGGGUGCGCCGUCCUGUGUCUGAAACAUUCCGCCAACUUCCUGUUCGCCGGGCUGAGCGAUGGAGCAGUGCUGGUGUACUGCCGUAAGGAUGGAGCGGAGCUCUGGGACCCCGCGUCGUGCCAGCGGGUGGAGGUGGGCUCUCAGCCCGUCCGCACGCUGCUGGCGCUGGAGGACUGCGUCUGGGCCAGCUGGGCCAACCGGGUCACCGUGAUCGAAGGCUCCAGCCUCCUGACGCAGAGUUUUGAGGCGCAUCAGGAUCCCGCGGUGAGUGUGGCCCACAUGGUACGAGCCGGGGGCGGGGUUUGGAUGGCGUUCUCGGAGGGCUCGUCCAUUCGGCUGUUCCACACGGAAACGCUGGAGCACCUUCAGGAGAUCAACAUCUCCACGCGCUCAACCUUCCUAGACCCAGGUCAGAAGGCUGUACGUGUCACCAGCCUACUCAUCUGCCAGGGGCUGCUGUGGGUAGGCACUGCCCAGGGCAUCAUUAUCACACUGCCUGUGCCCAAGCUGGAGGGUAUCCCCAAGAUAACAGGAAAGGGAAUGACGUCGCUGAAUGCUCACAACAGUUCGGUGGACUUCCUGGUGGCCACGUCCAGCGUGCUGUCGCCGGAGCUGCUGAAGCGGGAUUCCAUGACCGACGGGGUGGACUCGGCCAGCGGGGGGGAGGAGCGCCUGGACUCCUCCUCCCUGGAGUCCCUGCAGCAGCCCAGCGACUCCCCGCACCGGGAGCGGCGGGGGAAGGGGGUCCUGCUGCAGUACCGGCUGCGCUCCACCGCCCAGCUCCCGGGGAAGGUGCUGACGGCGCGGCCGGACGAGGCCUCCGACUCCUCGCUGGAGUCCCUGGAGCACAGCCCGGAGGACGGGUCCAUCUACGAGCUGAGCGACGACCCCGAGGUGUGGGUGCGGGGCCGCCCCUCCGCGCGGGAGGGGGUGCGCAGGGACAGGGUGACCUCAGCCGCCGUCAUCUCCGGCGGCAGGGGGUUCCGGCGGCUGGGGACGGCCGGGGGCGCGGGAGCGGGCGGAGAGUCCAGCGAGAGCACGCUCAUGGUGUGGCAGCUACCGCUCACCGUCUGAGGCCACCGAGUCUGUGACUGUCUGAGAGGAAGCCAGCGCCCUCUACGGGCCCGGUGCUAGCCCCUCCCCCCCUGGAGGCGGGACUUGUGUGUCACUGUAACAGACGUCUGUGACACCGGUCUGGCUGGGAGACUCGUAAGGGUGGAGCUCCUCCCCCAUGUGCUGUUUGGACAGGCCUCUGUUGAGCGUUAAGUCAGACAACGUCCAGCUGAACACAAACGUGCGUUUCAUUGUGAGCGCAUGUGAGCAUGUGUAUGUGUGUGUGUGUGCUUGUGUUUGUAUGUUCGUCCACAUAUGUGCAUGGCUCAGUUUGGCAGGCACAGCCAACAUAACUCACAACAUUAAACUUUUACACAGAAUGCUGAUUUCAACCUGGGAAAUCACCGUGCUGUGGAAGGACUUUUUUCCAUAUCCAUGGAAGCACAAUGAAUGUGUUAAAAAAAAUGUAUUAGAAGUUCUGUCUUUUUAAAAAGCCACACCUCCAAUCCGUUGUCUUUUAGUGAUGGGCGUGAGUCUGCCAGCUCUCUCCUCUAUGUAGAAAGCUACUAACAACAUUGUCCACUUAGUCACACCUCAAGGAGAACAGACGUCUUUCAAAGGCAACCAAGCGGAUAAGGGUUAACGUUACUGUUUGUGUAACUAUUAAUGUUGUAUUCUCUGUGAAUUGUUUCUGGGCACAGAUUUGUCUUUGGCAGUAUACCAUGUCCUGUCCAUGUUUGUCUUUAAUUUUGUGAGAAGAGAACCUCGUUGUGUGGAAAAAAAAGGACAUUUAUUCCUUUCCAGCUUCUUCCACGAGCUAUGAGAAAGGGUGGGUCUAUGAGGGAAAAGCAGGCUGAGCACUCUGGACUCUAAGUCUGGAGCUACAGGUACUUACUGUUAAAGGUACACUUUCCACUGUGUCACUUUGCUGUAAAAUAAAACAAGACGUCUUAUAUAGA